CACCGCUGGGCCCAGACAGGGGCUUAGGCACGGCUGCUCUUCGCCGCGGAGAGGGAACUUUAAAACUUAGUUAGGAAACCAAAUCUUCUGUGCGUCCGCGGGUCGGUGCGGACCGGCUGGAGCCAAACGCGCUCCUCGUCACUCGGAGCCCGGAUUGAGCCGCGUGCGUGGGUUUCUCCGCGGCCCCGACGCAGACGCGCGGGCUCCGUGGCGCUGCCUGUUUGAUGGUGACAGUGCCUGCGUGGGGAUGAGUGACGGAAACCCAGAGCUCCUGUCAACCAGCCAGACCUAUACCAGCCAAAGCGAGAGCAACGAAGACUAUGAGAUCCCCCCGAUAACACCUCCAAACCUCCCCGAGCCACCCCUCCUGCACUUGGGGGACCACGAAGCCAGCUACCACUCACUGUGCCACGGCCUCGCUCCCAACGGUCUGCUCCCUGCCUACUCGUACCAGGCCAUGGACCUCCCAGCCAUCAUGGUGUCCAACAUGCUGGCCCAGGACAGCCACCUGCUCUCAGGCCAGCUGCCUACGAUCCAGGAGAUGGUUCACUCGGAGGUGGCAGCCUAUGACUCGGGCCGGCCGGGGCCCCUGCUGGGCCGCCCUGCCAUGCUGGCCAGCCACAUGACCGCCCUCAGCCAGUCCCAGCUCAUCUCGCAGAUGGGUUUCCGGAGCGGCAUUGCCCACAGCUCCCCCUCACCCCCAGGAAGCAAGUCAGCAACCCCCUCACCCUCCAGUUCCACACAGGAGGAGGAGUCAGAAGCCCAUUUCAAGAUCUCAGGAGAGAAGAGACCCUCAGCCGACCCUGGAAAGAAAGCCAAGAACCCCAAAAAGAAGAAGAAGAAGGACCCCAAUGAGCCACAGAAGCCAGUGUCAGCCUACGCACUCUUCUUCAGGGACACGCAGGCUGCCAUCAAGGGGCAGAACCCCAGCGCCACCUUCGGGGAUGUGUCCAAAAUCGUGGCCUCCAUGUGGGACAGCUUGGGAGAGGAGCAGAAGCAGGCCUACAAGAGGAAGACCGAAGCAGCAAAGAAGGAGUAUCUGAAGGCUCUGGCAGCCUACCGGGCUAGCCUGGUCUCCAAGAGCCCCCCGGAGCAGAGCGAAAACAAGAGCACGCAGGCCAACCCACCUGCCAAAAUGCUGCCCCCCAAGCAGCCUGUGUACACUAUGCCAGGCCUGGCGCCCUUCCUGACACCCUCGGACCUGCAGGCCUUCCGCAGCGGGGCCUCUCCUGCCAGCCUCGCCCGGACGCUGGGCUCCAAGUCACUGCUGACGGGCCUUAGUGCGUCCCCACCACCGCCACCCGCCUUCCCGCUGAGCCCCCCGUUGCACCAGCAGCUGCCACUGCCCCCCCACGCACAGGGUGCCCUCCUCAAUCCCCCUGUCAGUAUGUCCCCGGCCCCCCAGCCUCCCGUCCUGCCCACCCCCAUGGCACUGCAGGUGCAGCUGGCAAUGAGCCCCUCGCCGCCAGGGCCGCAGGACUUCGCUCACAUCGAGUUCCCCAGCGGCUCCGGGACCCGCUCCCCUGGCCCGUCCAAUCCGCCUGGUGGUGGAGACUGGGACAGCAGUUACCCGAGUGGGGAGUGCGGCCUCAGCACCUGCAGCCUGCUGCCCAGGGACAAAUCGCUCUACCUCACCUAAUCCCGCCUCCCACUCCCUGAGGCCCCCUGGAAGGGCACUGCUCAGUGCGCCCCAAGGGCUGAGCACAGCCAAGAGGCCUUGGCAGGAGGCGGGUGACAAGACUGAGAGCUGUGACGUGCCAGUUGCCCCCAGGCGCAGUCCCUCCCUCGACUCCCAGCAGCCUCUGCAGAGGCCGCCCACCCACAGGAACUUGUGCCGCUCGCCCGCUUGCUCCAGGGUAACCACGGACCCCACCUCGCGCUCCACGCACUCGGCACCCCAGGUCUGGCCAUCUGACCCCAGCUCAUGCCGGUUGCCCCCUGGCAGAAGUGCACCCCCUCUCCCCCAGCACCCAGCCUCGGCCCCAGGGGUGUAAGUAGAGCUUUCUGGAGUGAACAAGAGCUGAGAAGGCCCCCGCUGUGGGCUCCAUGUGUGUAGUUGACUAAGUGUGUGUUAGGUCCGUGCUGGAGACAUCCGUGAGAGUGUUGUGUCAGGGGGGAAAUGUUUCCUGUGAGGUCAGAAGCCUAUUCCGUGGCCCCCGGCACCUUCUGUUCCCCCCAAGUUGUAUCUGUCCAGCAUUUCCCCGUGUAUUCGGCAAGCAUCCCAGGUCGUUGGCCACCUGUGUGGACGGUGCCCUUGUAUCCAGUCUAUCAGCGCGUAGCGGUAGAGCCACGACUGGCACACAUCCCUGCAGAAGUCUGGAGGAGAUGGCAGUGUUCCCUGGAGUGUGCGUGGGCCCAGCGCGGCCUUGGGCUUGGGUUCCUGAAGCUGGCGGCAGCUGUUUGCUGACCAUGGCCGAUGGCUGCCUGGGCGCCCAGUGCUUCUCUCUGAUCUCUUUGUAAUAAAACUUCGGAAACGUUGACAA